AUGAAACUGCUGAGGAUACCUGUUAAUGGAACAGAUACUACAGUUUCCAUGGAACUGCACACUCUCAAACCCACCUCUGGACCAAAUAUGAAAUGUCUAAUUACCUAUAAAAAUAGGAUUGAUGCUGAGCUGCUCUCUGAAAAUCAAGAUGAUUCAAAGGUAUAUUAUUAUGAAGGUGGUGGGACAACAUCAAGUUCAUUUUCAUCUUUGUGUGCAGAUUUUCAGGAGAAUGGUCAUGAGAUUCUAAAUUUGGCACCAAGGAAAUCACUUUGCAUUCUGUUGGAGAAACAGUGCCAAACAGAAUCAUAACAAAUGGAUCACAUGCUAUUUACUCUUCAAACCACUGAAUUUGAAAAAGUUGUGUAACUCAUUUUAAUAAGCCUCCAGACAUUUCUCAAAACUGGACUGUGAUGCCUCCUGGGAAGGAGCUAACAAUACUUGAAAUAACUUCACCUAAAUGUAUAAAAAAACAUUUCAGACUGAAUUCA